AAAGCGUUGAAAAAAAUGCAUGCGAUUUUCUCUCGCAGGGUCUUCGUCGUUGGUUCUUCUUCUUCUUCGCAGCUGACCAAACUGGUGAAGAAGCAGCCGAGUCAGAGUCGCCGUCAUUUCAUGAGCCAUCUUCUUCCUUCUUGCCUCAGCUCAUCUUCUUCUUCUUCUUUGAUCAAUCGUCGCUUUGUUCCUUCUCUAUCGCCAUUGGAGAAAGUUCAUGACUUCUUCGCAGGCACGUUCGGAAACACCAAUCUAAAGCGAAGAAUCGGAAACGUUUUGGAAUCUAGAGUUGGGUUCUCCAGUUUUGAGCUUCCUAGUGUUGGAUUCGAGUCUAAGGGUUUUACUGGGUUUCAAAAGCGUGGAUGGAAGUCUUGGUUUAAUGGAGCUAAUGGUGUAGUGUUUGGGCUAUCAACGUACAGUUUUGCGUCUGGACGUAUACACACGCUCAUAACUUCGGGCUUUAGUCACAUUGGAACCAGUCAUAUCAUCUUCAACAUGGUUGGAAUCUACUACUUCGGAACCAGAAUUGCAAGAACCUUGGGGCCGCUCUACCUUUUGAAGAUGUACUUUGCUGGAGCACUUAGUGGCUCCAUUUUCUUCUUGAGUCAUCAUGCUAUCUUGGCUACACUCAAGGGUGAAGGAGUUGUCAUUGAGGAUCAAUCAAACCUCCCCAUUUCGCAGCUGGGUGCUGAAGGACCUGUGUUUGCCAUCACGCUGCUCGAUAUGUUUCUCUACCCAAAAGUUACUACAUACUUUGGGUUGAUGCUCCGAGCGCCUGUAAUGACUGGAAUUUUACACUUAGGACUAAACAUGUUAACGAUUCUGGAGGGGGAAAUUAACAGUAUCGCAUCAAGCUCGGGUCAGAUGGGAGGAGUUGUGGUUGCAGCGAUGGCGUGGGCAAGGAUAAGGAAAGGCCGAUUCUGAUACUGAUUGGUCAUUAACUUUCUCCAUUGAACCA